ACUCGGCCGUCCUCAUUCCUCGGUAAUCUAGAGUCGGCAUUUCUCUUAUACAUUGAGGAUCGCACAAGCUCCGUACUAAUCAUGUCUGGAUCUGCUGGAACCGUGUUCGUUUUCGGACUCUGAAACCCGCCGGCACCGCAUUCGUUGGAAAAAAUCACUGCUCCCCCAGCUUUUAGCUCCAAAAGCUCUUCACAUCUCUACUCUUUGGUCUGCUCAACCGCUACGGGGUCCUGGAUACCCCCUGCUUGCUUUUGCUUGUGCAGACAAUGUCAGCGCUCGCCUAGCUUGUCAACAUGACCUCGGACUCGACCGUACAUCGCCCGACCGAGUCUCUCAUUCUCCCCAAUAAGCGACGAUUCUUCCCUUUCCGCAUUCCUAACUUCCACACGCAACUACGCCACUAUAUCAGUACCGCCGAUCCAGAUCGCAUCUAUGUUGUAGUCGAAAGAGUCGUCUAUGCGAUCCAUAUCGCCGCACACAAGAGGGAAAGCAUAGCUGUCAUUCCGUUCGAGCCGCGAUGCUUGGCGGCUGGAUAUGGGUGGAUCGCUGUGGGGGGCCCCGAGAAUGGUGAAUGCGCCUUUAUCCGAACCGAUGAGAGAGGGCUACAAUUGCAUGGCGAGCCGUCCUCCCACCAGGCAUCGGAUGUGGACAGUGCGCUUCCGCUCGACCUGGAGCCGCCGUCCGGACUGCUAUCUCCAGACACCACGACUAGGGGGAUCGCAUCAUCGCGCCGUUCACCUCGGCGGAUGAUGCCGGAGUUCGAGCUGCACAAAUUCGGAGGCAGUAUCGUCAACUCGGUGACGAUCCAUCAUUUCCCGGGAGAUCGUGAGGGUAUCUCAGAUGAAGAUGUCAUGGUCCUCAGCAACAACGACCGCACCGUUACCGUCUACUCCUUGACCCGUGCGAAGGUGUUGAAGAUCCUCCAUCAUCCAACUUGCAUGAACUAUGCCAUCAUUUCGCCGGAUCAUACAAUCCUCGCGGCUGUCGGCGACGAGAAUCGUGCUUAUUUCUACGAUGUAACUCGUGACUGGGAAUCUGUGGUGACCGUCGAAUCAGGUGGAAAGGUCGGGGGUUGGGAGUGGGAGCUGUUGCGCUGCAUUGAAAUCGAUAUCGGGUCGCGGUCGGACGAUGCCUGCUGCUUUACAAUUACAUUUUCUCCAUCCAGUCAUCUAUGCGCGAUCGGAUCUCAGUCUGGGAUCGUUACUGUACUAGACAUGGACCGCGUUCGUGAGUUGGACAACGAGGAACCCGUGAUCAGCCAAUUCACGGCGUCCAGACCCUGUACCGAGGGCGGUGCAGUGCGAUGCAUGACUUUCUCUCCCGAGCCUUGGGAUCUUUUGGUCUGGUUGGAAGGCCAUGGCAGAGCCGGAGUUGCAGAUGUUCGCCAGUCGUUCCUGCGGAGGCAAAUUCUGUACUUGAAUGCCGAUGACCCCCAUCUGCAAGAGGUGCGUACCGUGCCUCUGGCAACCAGCUUUGACGAUGGCCUCUCAGACGAUGAGUUGGAGAUCACAUCGCGACUGGGAUUAGACGCCGAGGAUCUUGCGCACAUUCGAGAAGGGCAAGGCAUGGGACGUCUUCCGUCGCGCGAGAGCCUGCUCCAUGACUUGACAGCGCGUGAGCGAUUGAUCAUGCAAUUCCUCAACACUGCUCGCUGGAACGCAAGAGAGGAAAUGGGUCUGACCGAGCGCCCAGAACCGCCGGCGAGAGCAAGCCAUUCGCACCAUGCAGCUCAUAGCCGACAUAACAGCAACACGGAGGAGCUCGGCUAUGGAUAUAGAUACAUGUCUCCAACAACCCUAUCCGAGUCCCCUGAUACCACUCUCGACAGUCAUACAGGCCGAGCCAGUCUUACCCACCUUUCGCCCCGCAGCGGGCGCCGGAGUUCAGUGGUGCUGUCACAAAGUAGUCGGCCGCCUGAAUCGGAUUCUUCAAACCAUGAACGCCAGUCUAGCGCCACUUCCAGCUGGACCUCGAGCUCGCGUUCGGAGCUUACAUCGGAUUUGAUCAGCCGGUUCAACACUGACCCCGAUUACAUCCUCCAAGUACAAGAAAUGGAAGCCCGUAUGGCUCCUCCCCAGCCCCCAGAGCCGAUCACUCCCGCCAGCCUCGAUCCUCGACGUUCGCGACCCCCACGCUCGAGCUCUAUUCCUCGACGUGUAGACCGACCGCAAUCCGGACAGCCCGGCUCAGAAAGAAGACCUGAUCCUUCGCGACUCUCCAACUAUGAGAUUAGAGCCAAUGUUGCCGCCGAGCGAUUGCGACGCCAACGACAGAUUGCUAAUGAGAUGCACAACCGCUCGAUUGCCGAACGGGGACACAGAGAGCAACGAGCUCGUCAGCAAAUGCUAGGCUUUGAACAGACCCAUUCCCCUCGAUGGAUUCGCAAUAUUAUCAAUGAUCUUCCGGAUCGGAGCUUCAUCCAUGGUCCUGGAGCCGAAGAGCCAGAUGCCACAGCUGGAGUCGGCUGGGGCGCCGAUGGAAGAACCUUAUAUAUUGCAACCCUGGAAGGAAUCUUCGAGUUCCAACUAAACGUCCACGACCGCAAAACCUUCCCCAUUUUUUCAUACCGUUGAAUCCAGCCUCCCACUCGAUACACCCUACGCGUUGAAAGUUCUAAGAAGAAAUUGCCCAACCUUAAAAAGCUAUUCCAGAAAGUCAAUUCUCUGACUGGAAUAGUCUUAUUCCCGAUUUCCUUGUGUUUAUUUUAACCCUCUGUCUUAUCUCGGCGUUUUCUUCUUUUCUUGUUGCAUAUCCCUCUGGCGCUUGGGGGGCGUACAUUGCUACAUCGAUCGGCCGAUAUGUUUCAUACUUCCCUGCACAGAUUCUUCUUCACAGGCUGAUUCCGGUACAAAAGCUCGGCGAAGUAGGAUACUUUUAAUGCAACUUUUAUGAAAUUGAAUCUUGUUUUUAGAAAGGAUAUUGGUAUAUGUAGUAUUGACAAUGGUAU